GAAAGAAACAGGGGAAAGGGAGGAGAGAGAAAUAGGCGCGGCGCAGCGCGGGAGAGAGAGAAAUAAGGGGAACCCUGAUUCCUUUCCACGGGUCACAGGUGUAGCAGAUGCGCAGUCCUGCACAGCGCGCGCGUCCUGUGUUUCCAGGCCUUUGAAUCCGUGCGUUGAACGCAAAAAUCAACAAAACCACAAUCUCAGAAGCCAUUAUCGAUUCAAGACCUAAUUCCAUCGAAACCCAUAUUCGGAAUCGCUCUCGAAACCCCGUUUCUAGGGUUUUGAGAGAUCAUCUUCAUCAAUGGAGUGUAAUAAGGAUGAGGCGGAGAAAGCCCUGGGGUUGGCAGAGCAGAGACUGAAAGCCAUGGACCCAAACGGAGCAAAGCGCUUCGCACGUAGGGCACAGAAGAUUUACCCUCUUUUGGAAGGCAUAGACCACGUUGUCACUGUUGCUGAUGUUCAAAUCGCUGCAGAGAAGAGGAUCAAUGGAUUAAUGGACUGGUAUGCUAUUCUUCAACUUGAAUCUGAUUGUGAUGGUGUUUACUUGAGGAAACAGUAUAGAAAACUAGCCCUAAUGUUACACCCUGAUAAGAACAAUUGUGCUGGUGCUGAAGCUGCUUUUAAGCUUGUUGUUGAGGCUUGGAAUGUCCUCUCGGAUCCAUCAAGAAAAGGUCCUUAUGAUGCAAAAACAAGAUUUCAGACUAGAACUGAUACCCAUUUUUUGAGGAAAAGAGCCAGACAAACCCAGGAAACAAACCCUACUAGAAGGCCCCAGAGAAAAUCGGCCCGGAAAAAUUCAGCUGAAAGUGCUGAAUCCAUUUUUUCCAGCAGAACUGGAAAUUGGUUUUUCCCAAAGAGUUCUAGUUGCGAAGCGCCAGUUGAACAUGCUGAAAUUAAUGGUUCAAGGGAUCCUGGAAAUGGGUUUUUCUCAAAGAUUUAUACUUCGCAUACUUCUAAGAAAUCUUCAUCUUGUUUCUGGACUAAGUGCCCAUUCUGUCUUUACAUGUAUCAGUAUCAGAGAGAAUAUGAGAAUCUUAAUCUUAAAUGCCAGAAUUGUCGAAGGGGUUUUUAUGCAAGGGAAAUUCCAAGGGAGGGUCUUCGUGAUUCAGGAAUAAGAUACCGUUAUGAAAUUGAUAGUACAAUUCCAACAAGUGAUGAAAUAUAUGGAGAAACUGAACAAGGGAUUCCAGAUGAUAGAGCCCAAAGAGACUUCAGUGAGAAAAAACCAUCCCAAAAUCCUAAUUCUGAGCCCAAUGAGGAUUCUCUCUCUACUUUCUGGACUGAAUGCCCAUCGUGUUGUAAUGUUUAUGAGUAUCCGAGCAAUUUUGAAAACGAUAAACUUAGGUGCCAAGAUUGUCGAGAGGUGUUUUUCGCCAAAGCUGUUUCAGGGGUGGCUGUGCAUGAUGCAGAGAGAAAAGGUCAUUAUAAAUGUCUCGAUGGUAACAGUUCAACUACUGGGAAUGGAUAUGGGAAAAACCAACGAAAGAACCAUGAAGAUCGGUCUCAAAGAGAAUCCAGACCAGAAAAAGCAGUUGUAAGUGAUGAAUUGAAUGAUUCAAGUACACAUGGGAAUAGGUUUUGUUCCAAGAGUACCAAUUCUCAAUGCAUUGAGAAUUCUUCCUGGGCUUUUUGGACCAAAUGUCCAUUCUGUUGUAACUUGUAUCAGCAUCUGAGAGAGCAUGAGAACCACAGACUUAAGUGCCAGAACUGUAGAGGGGAUUAUUGGGCCACUGCCCUUUCAUCGAUGCCACGUGUUCUUCCAGGAUUAGAAGCAUAUUACUGCUCUUCUCCUCCAACUCCUAUCAAUAUUGGUGAUCCUGACCCUGUUGAUGGGUCUGGAUCUAAGGUGGAAUCUUUUGAUAAUUUGGAGAAUGACCAGAAGAUGGGUUCUGUUCAAAAGCCUAACGUUUCAGCUCCUGAAACCCCUGCAGCAACAUCUGGUGAUACUAGUGUAUCGCCAAAAGAUAAGCAACAGAUACUAGAUUCACUUGUUGAAGAGCCAAUUACAAUAUCUGACGAAGAUAAUAGCGAUCUAAUCAUAGAUAUUGAUGAGAUUUUUGCAAAUCUUUCGGAACACAGGAAGUUUGAUGAAAGUAAUGAUGCGGUUAAUGAUGAUGGAUUAGCAGAGAAGAUUAACACACAUCGCCAUGAAAGCUCAGAAGUCAGGGCCUGAGAAAUGAGAAGAAUCCUUUGAAGGAUGAGUUCUAAAAGGAAGUCUAAUGUACUAAAAGAAUAGGAUAGAUAAUUGUAGAGUCUUGAAAGUGUAUGUGUUUCUAAAGAAUUUAGGGGAGUAUAGUGAACUAGGGGAAUGAUGAUGACAGAAUUGCCUCGGUAAUUCAAGUUUUGUAUAGAAAAAAAGAACCCUUUAAUGCAGUUUGAAUUCACAUUGGUGUGGCAAGAAGCAACUU